AUGGCGAAUCUUGCUCUUCCAUCUUUACUUGAGCAUACAGCUGUGCAUUCCACCAUGAAAUCAGCUUCAGAUCUGCCCCCAGGGCCACAACCAGCGAGAGGCAUUCACCUUCACUCCAGACUCAAGCCAUCAACGACGACCAAACUGGUCUGUUUAUUCGUUGCGAUCCCGCCACCACCGAAACCCGAGCUCAUAACGGUCAGCAGAUUACCUCUGCCACCCGUCGCUCCUAGUUCCGAUGUUGGAUCGUGCAACUCGACCAUCAACCCUAGAGGAACAGGGUGUAUCGCAAAAACAAGCGGAUUGCAAUCGGGAAACUAUCUGCCGGACGAUGUCCACGUCCUCGCCGUUGCCGACUUUGCAGGAGCACCGGCCGCCCCAGACCCUGCGAGCAUUUAUGAAGGUCGACAGUUGAUCAUCAUCAAGACGAAUAGCGAAACGUUCGAGAACGGAGAUGCGUGGAAAUGCAUCACUUGCGGCGUGUCUGAGGAAAAUUCGCGCGGUCGGGGCAAGGGCAUGGACUACCCACAAGCGUUUACAGAUGGAAAAAGGGUCCUGACUGGUACCGACAUUGUCGAAUGUCCCGAUGGACUGGCCAGUGAAGCCUGUGGCCCUGAAAAUGUGCGCAUCAUCCCUCUCCGGUGGGAUAAUACGGCAGAUGGCUCUGGACCGGGAGGCCGUAUGCGAGAGCUUCGCCUUCACCCUGAUAAUGUGCAUAUCGGGUUUAGCUCUCUAUUCGCCACGAAACAUGGCGUCUCUCAGUUUUCUUUCUUUGGAAGGAUCAACUACAACCAGUUUCCUACCAAGGGUGAGCCCCUCGCACCACGCUACGAUGUGGUCGAUGUCAGUAUCCUCAACCAUGAACGGCGUUCGCGGGCCAUCACGACAGAUCCCGAGGAUUCUACUCAACUCAUCAUCAACCCCCAGUCGCUGACUGUGGGCGAACUGCGAGGGUUCAGCGGCUCGGGGAACGAGGUCACAUGGAUUGGGUACCCAGCUGAAUCGUGCAAUAUCGAUGUUUUCGCUGCCAACCUCGCUGAUGGGACUGUUCGCCGGUUGACUAGCCAUCCUGACUAUGUUGAUCCAGUGGACAUCUCACCCGACGACAAAUGGACCGUUGUUAUGGAUACACGUGCGUCAGAGCGACAAAUGUUCCUCUCAGGCCUCAGAGGAGUUCCACCUAUCAUCGAUCUACUCGUUACAGCCGCGGUUGCCUCAGUGCGGAACAACGGCCAACGGCGCUUCUUCAAGCCAUGGAUCAUUGACCAAUACGGAGAUCGUGGAUCUUACAUCGGGCAGCAACUGAACACCGCUGGCAGUGGUGUUCCUGGAAGCGGAGAUAUCAAUGACCCUGAAUGGAAUGGCAGGGCGGACCCCAAGUGGUCGAGAGACGGCACUCGCAUCGUUUACGCCGAGGCUAUAACAGAAUCUCCAGCCUGUGGGGGAAAGAACCCCUUGCCUUGUUAUGAGUCGACUGAAGAUGGUGGGCGGAACGAGCGUAUCAUGGUUGCGCACCUCACAGAUCGGGAGCCCUUCAACCUACCCGUUGUGGAACCCAGACCAGACGUCAUCCCAUGGGGUACGCCGUUUCCUCCAGGGUCAUCAUUCCCCGAGCGAGAAGGGAUAUCCCCAGGAAACUACACACUCAAGGGAAAAGUGUCAGGAUGGGCCGACGUCUCCCUCGGAAACAAAGAACGCGGCUUGAUCUCAUCAAUUUCGGUACAAUACCACGACUUCUCCGAUGACGGGCUGAAUGUACUGGUUGGCUCGGAAAGCGUAUCCAGAGAGAACCCAAAACCGUUCAUGGAGCAGUUGCAUUGGUUUUCCAACUUGAAGCAGACGGGACCUAACAACGGGACCAAGAUUACGAGUCCGGAUGGAUUUCAUCUUUCCAUUGAUAUUCAGUACAAUUUCUUCCAUGCUAAAGGGAACUUGACAACGACGGUCAAUGGGAAGGAGUAUCGUCAGCCGGCAAAUGAGACCUAG